ACUAUAAAAACCAAUCACUUGUCGUUUAUUUAAAAUAUAUAUAAAAUGUGUGUGGAAAAAAACCCAUAGAAACAUGUGAUAUCCUACAUAACCUGCAUAGAUUGAACAGCUGCGCACGCAUGCGCCUUUGUCGGAAUCGCCGACUACACCGUUCGGGCACAGCAGCUGAAAAGGGGGCGCUCGAGCCACGGCGGUGAAACAAAUCAACCGUCAAGGCAGAUUACAAAGAGGGGGGAAUGCACUAAUUGCGAAAAUUACUGCGCUUUUAUCCUAUAGACUUUAUAUCAACUCGGGGAACGCAGACUUUCACCAGGACUGCCUUCCAUUUACGCUGAACGCCGGGGUCUAUGGCGACUCCGGACCCUGCUACGGGGGGCACCCCUCGUCCAGGUCCGUCCCCAGGUCCGGGGCCCUCCCCAGGUCCAGGGCCCUCCCCAGGGGCCAUGCAUGGCCCCAGCCCUGGCCCCUCCCCUGGCUCUACUCACAGUAUGAUGGGUCAUGGCCCAACGUCCUCAGGGGCCCCUCCGUCGGGCCCCCCUGGAUACAGCCUGGACACCCUGCACCCGCUGCACAAACCAAUCGAGGGAGUGCAUGAGAAGAGCGGGGCUGAGGAGGGCCGGUUCACCCAGAUGAAAGGCGGGUCUCUGAGGCAGGGGGGGCACAGUGGCAUGGGCCCCCCACCCAGCCCGCUGGACCAGCACUCCCAAGGUUACCAGUCGCCACUAGGGGGCUCGGACCACUCCAGCCCUUCCAAUGGGCCUCCUUCGGGUCCCCUCAUGCCGUCUUCAGCGUCCUCCUCUUCUUUCGCCGGCCCCGGGUCUGGCCUCACCCCCUUAGACGGCUCCAGCGGAGAUCCACAGAGCAUGGGUCCCAACAGCAGAGCCGGACCCCCCGGCAGCGCAGGCCCUGGACCCAACACCAACCCCGGACCCGGCUUGUGCCCUGGUGCUACGGGCCUGGGACCGGGCUUAGUAUCCAUGGGCCCCGUUGGACCCGGGGGCCCCGCCGGCCCCACGCCGUUCAACCAGACCCAGCUGCAGCAGCUCAGGGCCCAGAUCAUGGCCUAUAAGAUGCUGGCUCGUGGGCAGCCCCUGCCGGACCACCUCCAGAUGGCCGUCCAGGGGAAGAGGCCCAUGCAGCAGCAGCCCAUCCCCAGCCUGGCCCCUGGUAGUGGGGUAGGCCCAGGAGGGGGGCCCCCUGGACCGUGCCCGGGACUCGCAGGCUACGGCAGAGCCCACGGACUGAUGGGACCCCACAUGCCUCCACACGGACCCUUAGGGGUCCUGACCGGAAUCCAGGGGUCUAACCCCAAUGGUCCACCUAAGACCUGGUCUGAGGGCCCCCCGGUGAGCUCCGCCGCCCCCUGCUCCGGCCUCCCCCAGAAGCUCCUCCCUCCGCAGCCCGGGGGCCGGCCCUCCCCCGCUCCGCCCCCCGGGCCCGCCGCGGUGGCCGCCCCGCUCAUGGCCCCGCAGACCCACUCCCCGGGGCACCCGGCCCAGCCCGGCCCCGUGAUGCCGCACCACGCCAAGCCCAACCGCGUCACGCCCAUCCAGAAGCCCUGCGGCCUGGACCCGCUGGAGAUCCUGCAGGAGAGGGAGAUCAGGCUGCAGGCUCGUAUCAGCCACCGCAUCGCGGAGCUGGAGAACCUGCCGGGCUCCCUGGCCGGUGACCUGCGCACCAAGGCCACCAUCGAGAUCAAGGCCCUGCGCCUGCUCACCUUCCAGAGGCAGCUCCGUCAGGAGGUGGUGGUGUGCAUGCGGCGUGACACCGCCCUGGAGACAGCCCUGGACCACAAGGCCUACAAGCGCAGCAAGCGUCAGUCCCUGCGAGAGGCCCGCAUCACGGAGAAGCUGGAGAAGCAGCAGAAGAUCGAGCAGGAGCGCAAACGAAGGCAGAAGCACCAGGAGUACCUCAACAGCAUCCUGCAGCACGCCAAGGACUUCAAGGAGUUCCACCGCUCCAUCGGGGGGAAGAUGCAGAAGCUGACCAAAGCCGUGGCCACGUACCACGCCAACACGGAGCGCGAGCAGAAGAAGGAGAACGAGCGCAUCGAGAAGGAGCGGAUGAGGAGGCUCAUGGCGGAGGACGAGGAGGGCUACAGGAAGCUGAUCGACCAGAAGAAAGACAAGCGGCUGGCCUACCUGCUGCAGCAGACGGACGAGUACGUGGCCAACCUCACGGAGCUGGUGCGCGCCCACAAGGCCGUGCAGGCCCUCCGCGAAAGGAAGAAGAAGAAGAAGAAGAAGAAGAAGAAGCUGGAGGCUGCAGAAGGACAGGCUCCCGCCCUGGGCCCUGACGGAGAGCCGCUGGAUGAGAGCAGCCAGAUGAGCGACCUGCCCGUGAAGGUCAUCCACGUGGAGAGCGGCAACAUCCUGUCGGGAGUGGACGCCCCCAAGGCCGGCCAGCUGGAGACCUGGCUGGAGAUGAACCCCGGCUACGAGAUGGCCCCGCGCUCAGACAGCGAAGGCAGCGAGGAGGAAGAGGAGGAGGACGAGGAGGAAGAGGAGGAGCCUCAGCCUUCCGCCGCUCCAGUGGAGGAGGAGAAGAAGAAGAAGAUCCCAGAUCCGGAUUGCGAGGAGGUGUCUGAGGUGGACGUCCGCCACAUCAUAGAGCACGCCAAGCAGGACGUGGACGAUGAGUACGGCAGCGCAGCCUUCGCGCGCGGGCUCCAGUCCUACUACCUGGUGGCCCACGCCAUCACGGAGCAGGUGGACAAACAGUCCAGCCUGCUGAUCAACGGACAGCUCAAACAAUACCAGGUGAAAGGCCUGGAGUGGCUGGUCUCUCUGUACAACAACAACCUGAAUGGGAUCCUGGCGGACGAGAUGGGCCUGGGGAAGACCAUCCAGACCAUCGCCCUCAUCACCUACCUCAUGGAGAACAAGCGCCUCAACGGGCCCUACCUCAUCAUCGUCCCUCUCUCAACUCUCUCCAACUGGGUAUGCGAGUUUGACAAGUGGGCUCCGACAGUCGUCAAGGUGUCCUUCAAGGGCUCUCCCGCUGCCAGGCGGGCCUUUGUACCUCAGCUGCGCAGCGGCAAGUUCAACGUGUUGCUCACCACCUACGAGUACAUCAUCAAGGACAAACAGAUCCUUGCCAAGAUCCGGUGGAAGUACAUGAUCGUGGACGAGGGCCACCGCAUGAAGAACCACCACUGCAAGCUGACCCAGGUGCUGAACACCCACUACCUGGCCCCGCGCCGGGUGCUGCUGACGGGCACGCCGCUGCAGAACAAGCUGCCCGAGCUCUGGGCGCUGCUCAACUUCCUGCUGCCCACCAUCUUCAAGAGCUGCAGCACCUUCGAGCAGUGGUUCAACGCCCCCUUCGCCAUGACCGGGGAGAAAGUGAGCGUGGAUCUAAACGAGGAGGAGACCAUCCUCAUCAUUCGCCGCCUGCACAAGGUGCUCCGCCCCUUCCUGUUGCGGAGGCUCAAGAAGGAAGUGGAGGCGCAGCUUCCGGAGAAGGUGGAGUACGUCAUCAAGUGUGACAUGUCGGCGCUGCAGAGGGUGCUGUACCGACACAUGCAGGCCAAGGGCAUCCUGCUCACCGACGGCUCGGAGAAGGACAAGAAGGGCAAAGGAGGAACCAAGACUCUAAUGAACACCAUUAUGCAGCUGAGGAAGAUCUGCAACCACCCCUACAUCUUCCAGCAGAUAGAGGAAUCAUUCUCCGAGCAUUUAGGCUUCACUGGUGGUAUUGUCCAGGGGCCUGACCUGUACCGGGCGUCGGGUAAGUUCGAGGUCCUGGACCGGAUCCUGCCCAAGCUGGAGGCCACCAACCACAAGGUGCUGCUGUUCUGCCAGAUGACCACCCUCAUGACCAUCAUGGAGGAUUACUUCGCCUACCGCUCCUUCAAAUACCUACGCCUGGACGGCACCACGAAGGCAGACGACCGCGGCAUGCUGCUGAAGUCCUUCAACGACCCGGACUCCCAGUACUUCAUCUUCCUGCUCAGCACGCGGGCCGGCGGCCUGGGCCUCAACCUGCAGUCCGCCGACACCGUGGUCAUCUUCGACUCGGACUGGAACCCCCACCAGGACCUGCAGGCCCAGGACCGGGCCCACCGCAUCGGGCAGACCAACGAGGUGCGCGUGCUGCGCCUGUGCACCAUCAACAGCGUGGAGGAGAAGAUCCUGGCGGCGGCCAAGUACAAGCUCAACGUGGACCAGAAGGUGAUCCAGGCGGGCAUGUUCGACCAGAAGUCGUCCAGCAACGAGCGCCGGGCCUUCCUGCAGGCCAUCCUCGAGACGGAGGAGCAGGACGAGGUGUGUGUCUGUCCUUGGGAGGAGGACGAGGUCCCAGACGAUGAGACGGUCAACCAGAUGAUCGCCAGGAGCGAGGAUGAAUUUGAACAGUUCAUGCGUAUGGACCUGGACCGGCGCCGUGAGGACGCCCGUAACCCGCGGCGCCGGCCCCGGCUGAUGGAGGAGGACGAGCUGCCGGCCUGGAUCCUGAAGGACGACGCGGAGGUGGAGCGCCUCACCUGCGAGGACGAGGAGGAGAAGCUGUUUGGCCGCGGCUCCCGCCUCCGCAAGGAGGUGGACUACAGCGACGCGCUGACGGAGACCCAGUGGCUCAAGGCCGUCGAGGACGGGACGCUGGAGGAGAUCGAGGACGAGGUGCGCCACAAGAAGACCACGCGCAAGAGGAGGAGGGAGCGGGACCCGGAGGCCCCCGGCCCCUCCUCCUCCUCCUGCUCCUCCCGGAGCGGCCUCCGGGGGGGCCAGGACGAGGAGGGGAAGAGGCACCGCAGGAGGGGGCGCCCCCCGGUGGAGCGGCUGUCCCCCAACCCGGCCCCCCUCACCAAGAAGAUGAGGAGGAUCGUGGACGCCGUCAUCAAGUACAAAGACAGCGCCAGCGGCCGGCAGCUGAGCGAGGUGUUCAUCCAGCUGCCGUCGCGCAAGGAGCUGCCCGAGUACUACGAGCUGAUCCGCAGGCCUGUGGACUUCAGGAAGAUCAAGGAGAAGAUCCGAGGCCACCGGUACCGCAGCCUGGCCGACCUGGAGCGGGACGUCAUGCUGCUCUUCCAGAACGCCCAGACCUUCAACCUGGAGGGCUCCCUGAUCUACGAGGACUCCAUCGUGCUCCAGUCGGUGUUCACCAGCCUGAGGCAGAAGAUCGAGAGGGAAGAGGAGAGCGAGGGGGAGGAGAGCGAGGAAGAGGAGGACGAGCAAGAGGAAGGCUCCGAGACAGAGUCCCGCCCGGUGAAGGUAAAGAUCCGCCUCGGUCGUCGGGAGAAGGCGGGCGAGCGAGGAAAGGGCCGCAGCCGGAGGUCCGGCCGCAUCCGAGCCAAGCCCGUCGUCAGCGAUGACGACACAGAGGAGGAGCAGGAGGAGGAGCCUUCCCCAAGUGCCUCAGCGGAGGAGUCCUAAACCACGACUUUCACAAAGUUAAACUUCACAGCUUUCAUCAUAUAACAGUCCACCUUUGUCUGCUCCAUUGGUACCAGUGAGUUAAUUUAGCUAGAGCCAAUACAAGGUUACGGCUAUGUAUGAUCACUUUUUGGUUUUCAAAACACAGUAUUAACAACAAGAAUUAUCGUCUAAAUUUAAGUUCCUUAAGUUGAAAUAUGACAUUAUGUUUGAUAUAUUUAUUUGAUACACAUGGGAGCUCAGUUUGAUGAAUUGAAAGUGUGUAAUACAUUUUUGGGGGAUUCUUAAAGGAUGAAAUAAUGUAAUGAUCAUUUUGAUAACAUCGACUGUAUAAAUUGUUAUGACGAUAAUAACUCUUCCGUAUAUUGUCCAGCCCUGAGGAAUAAAGAAAGAUGAUGCCAAUUCAUAAUUUGUGAAAAACAAAAAUACCUCCCUCGACAUUUAAGUAUAUUUAAUAUUCAUCAUCAAAUUAGCUGAGACAGGAUUUAGGUUAUCGAUCGUAACAUAUUUCAAAUGCAGCGAUCUGGGAGCCAUGCUUCAGACUCAUUGCUUUAAUUCAGUGUGAUCAUACGAUGAACAUACAAUCAGUCGGAGGCUUGGCUUCCUCUGACGAUCACUGUUUGGAUUCCCAUUAGCACACCGUUGCUAGGGCUGUAUCUAUUCCACCCCGCUAUCUGUUUACCAUCCCGGCCUCGCACUCUGGCCUCAAACGUCAUAUUCUACAUCUCAAUACGUAAAGCUGUUGAUCCGACAUAAGCCCUCUACUCACUGUAGACGUAAUAACCACAACGUGAUUCCUGUUAAGUAGGCUACUGUGGGUUCACAGUAUUUAGUGCUUCUAUUUAGAUGUCGAACGAGUUUCUGAUUUUCUGAAACAGCUGUUUCACAUGGAUGUACACAGGCUUUUCUGUAAGACAAAGAGCCAGGGGGACGAGCGUUCUCUUCUGUUUAUAAAAGCCGCAUGGCUGGACGUUGAUGAAUAUACAUGAUGGGCGGCGGUUCGGUGGGGUGUUUGCAUGGUAAUGGUAAACGAGCUGUAGUCUGAUCCAACUGUUCUUCCUUCCAUGUGAUAGUAAACUGGAGCAUUUAUAACUGGAAACCAAAGCAUUCAUGUUCUUUUUUUACCAAAAUAUUUGUCUUGUGCCAACUUUCUCAUUCUAGUUGUAAUUUAAAAAGGUACAAUAAAUUGUUGUUGAUGGUGUUUA